AUGAGCCCAGGCCAAGCUAACGUCGCGGGCUCAAAGACAGAGGCGUGGAGCUGGGUUCGGUCACAUGAGAGCUCCAGACAUCACAAAACGCUUUCUCAGGCCGUUCCAAAGCAAUUCGUUCUCUCCAGAUACGUGGGGUGUAAAGACCGGGGCCCCUCCCACCUUUCUCCGCGCUCCCUUAUAUGGGCGUCCUGUCCCCGCUCGGCCGCUCAAAGGGGAUUGUUCUGCGGCGCUGAGGGAGAAGGAAAAAGAUUGUUCAUGGUGCAGACGGAGAGUGAGAUGUCAAACUCACAGAUGUCAGCGGCUUUCCAUCCGAGCAUUCUACAAUAUGUGUUUACAGAGAAGAAAUAA